AUCCCGAGAUGCAUCGCGCAGAGCCAACUCUGUCCCGCAGCUGGUCCCAGUAGCUCCUGGGAAACGGAGUCUACGCUGCCUUGAAACCUAACGGCCUAGUUAUCUUUGAGACUCCAUUCCCCAGCAAGCUCAGCGUGCAGCGUGCGCUAUGGAGCCUAAUGUCGCAGAGCUGAAGCAGAAGAUUGAGGACACAUUGUGUCCUUUUGGCUUCGAGGUUUACCCAUUCCAGGUGGCAUGGUACAAUGAACUCCUGCCUCCAGCCUUCCAUCUGCCCCUGCCAGGACCUACCCUGGCCUUCCUGGUACUCAGCACACCUGCCAUGUUUGACCGGGCCCUCAAGCCUUUCUUGCAGAGCUACCACCUCCAACCACUGACCGACCCCGUGGAUCAGUGUGUGGCCUACCACCUGAGGAGUGUUACAGAGAGGUUCCCAGAGCUACAGAUGGAAGUCAUUGCUGACUACGAGGUACACCCCAACCGGCGUCCUAAGAUUCUGGCCCAGACAGCAGCCCAUGUGGCAGGAGCUGCUUACUACUACCAACGACAAGAUGUGGAGGCUGAUCCCUGGGGGACCCAGCGCAUAGCAGGUGUGUGCAUACACCCCCGAUAUGGAGGCUGGUUUGCAAUCCGAGGGGUGUUGCUGCUGCCAGGAGUUGAAGUGCCAGAUUUGCCACAAAGAAAGCCCCCUGACUGUAUACCUGUGAGAGCUGAUCGCAUCACUCUCCUUGAAGGCUUUAAUUUCCAUUGGCGUGACUGGACUUACCGGGAUGCUGUGACACCACAGGAGCGUUACUCAGAAGAACAAAAGGCCUACUUUUCUGCCCCACCUGCUGACCGGUUGGCACUAUUAGGUUUGGCCCAGCCCUCAAAGGAGCUUAGCACUACAUCCCCUGAGAUACCCCUUACCAUGCUCAGCAAGCCUCAGAAUCCCAGCAGAGUGCGUAGCUGGCUUAGCCCCAAUGUCUCACCACCUGUAUCCCCUGGCCCUUGAUACCGUCUUCCCCUGUGGGAUCCCAUUUAUGGUGGUUCUAGGACUUUUGACAAAGCAAAAUUUUAUUUUGGGUACAAGAUGAUUACUUUUGAUAAUAUAGUAGAGAUCGUCAAUGAGA